CCUCAAAUGGCUCCAACACAUGCAGUCUGAGCAUGGAGAGGUCACAGAGUAUCCAUGCCAUUACUGUGACAAGAAGUUCGCGUAUGCUGCCUACAGGACAAAGCACAUCCGCACAAUCCACUUGGAAGCUCGCCCACACAAGUGCCAAGACUGUCCGUUCUCGUUCGCGCGUCGUCGCGAGUUGGACGCUCAUCGCGCCAGCAAACAUGGCGACGGCGAAAUGAAAUACCAGUGCAAUGUGUGCCAGAAGAAGUUCUUCUUUAAUUCGGCGCUGAAGUUUCAUGUCAAUCUACAUAACAGAUUCGCCUGCACCCAAUGCGACACCAAGUUCACAGACCAGAACGAGCUAGACGCCCACAUGAGCACCCACACGAAAGACCUUGAGCCCCUAGACCACUCUCUAGACGGCCUGCCCAUUCUAGACUCCUUAGAAUUUAACGAACUGACAGAUUAUGCUUUGGACUCUGACUUGUGGGUGUUUGGCAAUGAGCUGUAGAUUUAAGCCCGUUUUCACAGUAUCCGAUCCGAUAUCGGAUGUCGGAAGGAUUUCAAUGGAAACUAACCUAACCACAAAAUUAAAAUUAAAAAAAACCCCCGACCGCAACAUA